UCAGUAUCAAGUCGUUGGGAGGGCUCUCCCUACAGAAUCGGAUGAACACCCGAAAAUUUACCGCAUGAAGUUAUGAGCCACUAACGAGGUUCGAGCCAAGUCAAAGUUCUGGUAUUUUCUGAGGAAACUGAAGAAGGUCAAAAAGAGCAACGGUCAAGUGCUUGCUAUCAAUGAGUAUGCAUGCUUGCAUGCUGUUCAUCCAUGCAUCUUGCCUGUGUCGAAGUAAUCUUUACCCUUCAGUUGACUUUGAAAUCUUUGAGAAGAACCCAACAAAGAUAAAGAACUAUGGUAUUUGGCUGCGGUAUCAGAGCAGGACUGGCUACCACAACAUGUACAAGGAAUACCGUGAUACCACUCUAAAUGGUGCUGUGGAGCAGAUGUACAAUGAGAUGGCUUCCCGCCACAGGGUCCGGUCCCCCUGCAUUCAAAUUAUUAAGACCGCCACGAUCCCAGCAAAGCUUUGCAAAAGGGAGAGCACCAAACAGUUCCACAACUCCAAAAUCAAGUUCCCAUUGGUUUUCAGGAAGGUCAGACCACCCACAAGAACGCUGAAGACCACAUACAAGGCAUCAAGGCCCAAUUUGUUUAUGUAAUGUGUAGGGCGGAAGAGAGUAAGACUUGGGGCCUUUUUUGGCAGAAACGCCCCCUUAUGUUCUUGCUUGAUUUUGUUGAGAAUUAUAGUACGCUGUCAUUGGAUUGUAGUCUUGUUAUUUUUAUAUUUUUAUUGGAUAUGAUCUUAAUCUUUUCUAUAACUCAGUAGAAAGAAAGGAACAUAAAUUUUUGUCUA